AUGGCCGCAUGGGUUCUUGCCGCUGGGCGCAAGUUCGGACGACCCAGCCAGGGCUCAUCUCAAAUCGUUGCUGGUCGAAUCAUUGAUAGCCAUCCUUGCGCCUUCCUGGAGACCCAAUCCGCGCGGCCUGAAACUGCAACCUCCACUUCCACCUCCUUCCUCUCCACGUUCUCGUGGGUACGUACCACCGCAGGGAUGGAGCUGGAUGGAUCCAUGGAUCUCUACACAUUGAGAGGCGCCGAAAUCAUUCCCAUCCAAAAGACAUCACCCGACUCGGAGACCACUUCCGCCCACUUCACCAGACCCGUGUCCGCUCUCCGUAAACCGCAACGUUUUGACAAUGCCGCCCAAGGAGGCCACUGCCGCCGCGCCCACCGCGUCGCGGGCCAAAACACGGCCGCAAAGCCCGCCAAGAAGCCGGCGCCCAAGUCCCGCAAGCGCAAGUCGGACGCCGCUACCGACGAGAUCCAACUCCCGGGCGACGAAGAUAUGAGCGUCGCUGUCUGGGACACGUGCGACAUUGUCCGCACCAAGAUCCGCGCCAUACUCAAGGAGGGCGUCACAAAGACAGCCUUCCUACGCGCCAUCAAGGGCCCCGCGUCCGGCAACACCAGUAGCGUGUUUUAUGCGGCCUAUGUCUUUUUUGAGAAGCUUCGUGUGAGAGAUGGCAAGCCCAAGACGAAGAAGAGAGAGGAGAUGGAGGAGGAGUGGCCUACUGGCAUGGACACCAAGCAGCAGCUGGACGGUUGGGUUACUUGUCUCGCCGGUGAGAAGCCUCACAUUGACAAGUACGGCAAGACUCGUUUCCACUAG